UUGGUGAUAAAUGGAGGCAGAAUGCCGUAGUUCCAGGGUCAUUCGAACAUGAAAAAAAAAAGAAGUACGCGGUAUAAAGACAAUGCGUUUGUGAUUAUAACGAUAAAACGAAUUUAUUUGUAAAAUAGGAUAUAAUUAUUAUAAUUUUAUAAAAUUGUAAAUAAAAUAAUGUACAAAUUAAUUACACAAAUCACUGUAUACUAGGAAGGGUGACAAAUAGUGUUUUCGUUUUUCAUGUCCGUGACAGUUGUGAGCAAGGUUAUAAAUUGAUAAAUUUGUGAAUUAGAUACGUUCUAGUGGAAAAUAAUGGAUUCGGCUCCAGCCCAGGAAGUCACGGAGCUGCUGAAGCAGUGGGAGGAUCAGCAUUUGACGCCGAACUACGAUCCUAUACCCACUUUGACGAGGAUUGCGGAAAUAAUAGAAGCGGAGACGGAGAACUUCAUGAAGAAGGAUCCGGACCCGUUUGACGAGAGGCACCCGUCCCGGACGGACCCGGAGUGCGCGCUCGGGCAUGCGCUCAAGGUCAUGUUCAAGAAGGACUCCUUCAUGACCAAGCUAGUCAACGACUACGUACGCGACACGUACUACUCCCGCCAAAACAUCACCGGCCGAGACGUGCACAAGCUGAACGUAGCGGCCUGCCGCCUCACACUAGACCUCAUGCCUGGCCUCGAGAUGAGCGUCGUGUUCCAGGACAACGACGCGCUGAUCCACCGGCUGGUGGGGUGGGCGACGAGCUCGGCGGAGCCCCUGCAGUGCUACGCCACCGGGCUGCUCGCCGCCGCCAUGGAGGUGCAGGAGAUCGCCACCAACUUCAGGGAUAUCAACGCGAUGCUGGUGCCGCUCAUGCUGCGCCGGCUGCACGUGCUGAGGAACAAGAACCAGGAGGAAAAGCAAAGCAACCAAAACACGACGCCGCCGAGCCAGACGCGACACUUCGCGCGCUUCGACAAGAAGCGACAGGGCGACGUGAAGUGCAACGGGCCCAGCGACAAGCCCGGCAAGAAAGACCGGGAGAAAGACUCGGGCGGGGGCGACGUGGAGAUGGAGCCACUGUCGCCGGCCGACCCCGCCACACCUGUCAAAAACUGCAACUCAAAUGCAUCUUCGCCCCUGCACUGCGGCAUGAUGUCCCCCCCGCCGCGGCCGCCGCCCCUCGCCCCUCCCCCCGUGCUGCACGAGACCGAGUCCAACUCCAGCUGGGCCGAGAUGGAGACCUACGUCAUAGGAAAUAUCCAAAUCCACCCGCCGACGGACGCCACCAAGCAGAUGCUCAUACUGCGAUACCUCACACCCAUGGGCGAGUACCAAGAGUUCCUAUCGCACGUGUUCGCACAGAACGCGCUCGGGCUCAUCCUCGGCUACCUCAACGUGCGCGAGUCCCGAGACUCGAGGCUAGCCUUCGAGGCUCUAAAGUAUCUGGCGGCCUUGCUGUGCCACAAGAAGUUCUCCAUCGACUUUAUACACAUGGGCGGGCUGCAGAAAUUUCUCGAAGUACCUCGACCGUCGGUGGCGGCGACGGGAGUGUCGAUCUGUCUGUAUUACUUGGCCUACUGCGAGGACGCCAUGGAGCGAGUGUGCCUGCUGCCCCGAGCCACCCUUGCCGAUCUUGUCAAAUACGCUCUAUGGCUGCUGGAGUGUUCGCACGACUCGGGCCGCUGCCACGCCACCAUGUUCUUCGGCCUCUCCUUCCAGUUCAGGGUCAUUCUAGAGGAGUUCGACAACCAGGACGGGCUCCGAAAGCUGUAUAACGUAAUUUCAACGCUACCAAUACUGGGUUCAGACGAGGAGGAAUCUCGCGUAUCCGAGGACGAGACGUGCGCCGCCAGGCAGAUCGUGCGGCACGUCUGUGUUGCGCUUAGAAGGUACCUAGAGGCACACUUACGCCUGCGAGCAGCGCAAGUGGCACGCGCGCAGGGCGACGUCGUGCCGGAGCCGCCGCCAUACAAGGCAUCAAAAUCAUCCCCCGAAGAAAUACAAGAGCAAAUAGAACUGCUGCAGUCAGUGGCGUGGUCGCGUUGGGCGCCUGUUGACGAGCUAGUAGAGCUAGGAGGCAUCUCCUUACUGCUGCAGGUGGUCGGGCUGGCCUACGAGUGGAACUUCAACGGCAGAUCGGAAACGGUCCGCUCAGCGCUAGACGUGGUGUCCGUAUGCUGCGUCGCGCCAAGAGUCCAACUACUACUAACGGAAAAAGUGGACAUGCGAGACGCAGACAUGACGACUGGCGUCAACAUCGUGCUAGGCGCGGCGGACGGCGAGAUCGCACCGGAACCGGAAGUGCAAAAAGCGGCGCUCAACGUGCUCGUCAACUGCGUGUGCGCACCCGUGCACAGAGCAGGCACAUCGACGACGCGCUUCUCAAUAUCGGGGUCCAGCAAGAAGAAAACAGCGCUCAAGUCUUAUGAGGACGUCAUACAGAAAGUCUGGGAGAGCGUGCGCUCCAACAACGGGAUUAUGGUGUUAUUAUCCCUGAUGAUGGUGAAACAGCCCAUCACGGACGCGGACCGGCUGCGAGGGCUGGCGUGUCGCGCGCUGGCCGGGCUGGCGCGCUGCGCGACGGUGCGCCAGAUCAUCUCCAAGCUGCCUCUGUUCACCACCUCGCAGAUACAAGUGUUGAUGCGAGAUCCAAUCUUACAAGAAAAGCGUCAGGAGCAUGUGAUGUUCCAAAAGUACGCGUUAGAAUUGUUAGAGCGAGUCUCCGGGAAGAGCAAACACAUGGGCGCCGAGUUCGAGACCUCUCUAGCUAAUAUACAUCGGGCGAACGUGGUAGCCCAAACCCGCAUCCAUUACAACGAGCGUCAACUCCUGCAACUAGUAGCGGCACACCUGGCAGCGCGUGGUCUAAGCGAGAGCGCCGCCACGCUACAGCGCGAGGCGGCGCUCCCCGCGCCCGCGCCCGCGCAGCUGGCGCCCCCGCCGCCGCCCGUGUACACGCCGGCCGCCCCCGCCACGCCCACCGCGGCUCCACACAGGUCGCGUCUAUCCGGUGCGCGGUCUAGCACGAGCUCCCUGGCGCGCGACCACCACGACCUGUUCAACAACACUGCCGAGGAGAGCCCCGUGCCGCAAGUUAUUAAACUAAGAAAAGUCCAAAAUCAGUGCAUGUCCCCCGGAGCACAGAGCGGCGGCGAGCACCGGCGCUCCCUGCAGAAGCAGCUGAGCGCCGCCGCCGGCGACCCCGCGCUCACCGCGCACCGGGUCACCCUGCACUCCAUCAUCACCGAGUACCUCUACAACCAGCACGCCACCUGCAAGAACCCGGUGGUCACCUGCCCGCAGUUUAACCUGUUCGAGCCGCACAAGUGUCCCGACCCGCGCGGCGCGGGUUCCCUCCUCGCCGCGCCGGCGCCCAACGUGUGCGCGCGGCUCCUGCGCCGCGAGCUGGGCGCUCCGUGCGCCGCCAGUAGACGAGCCGACGCCAAGCUCGCGCACUCGCACUUCGCCGCCGCUCGCACGCUCAGGCUGCAGGACGACGACGCCUACUUCACGCACACCAUCUUCCACCCGACGCAACAGCAACUCCUAGCGGCGACGUCAUCCGGCGACAUCCGCAUCUUCAACCUGUUCAGCGGCGCCGAGGAGAACACCUACCAAGUGCACGAAUCCUACAUCUACCACAUGCAGGCGAGUCGCGACGGGCUGCUGCUGCUGGCGUCCGCCACCACCACGUGGCGGCCGCUCUCCGCGCUCUGGAACAUGAAAGAGUUCGAACAAAUGUUCCAACUGGAUAACGAGGAAUACGUAGAAUUUUCCAAAAUGUCCGACGACCGCAUAAUCGGCACGAAGGGCGAGACGGCCACCAUCUUCGACACCCGCACGGGAAGAGAACUGCUGACCCUCGCGCCGAGCAUCUCGAACCAGUACGCCAAGAACAGAGCCACCUUCAACCCCACCGACGAGCUGGUGCUGUCAGACGGCGUGCUGUGGGACGUGAACUCCGGCAAGGAGAUCCACAAGUUCGACAAGCUCAACCAGACGCACAGCGGCGUCUUCCAUCCGAACUCACUAGAAGUAAUAUCAAAUACAGAAGUAUGGGAUUUAAGGACAUUCCAUCUACUUAGGACAGUGCCAACUUUAGAUAAAUCAGAGGUGAUCUUCAACCCGACGGUGUCGGCGCUGUACGCCGUGUGCUCCGACCAGGACUCGGAGGAGCGCAGCCAGUUCGACACCAGCUUCAAGACGCUCGACCCCUUCGACUACUCCAGCAUAGCGACGAUCGAUGUGAAGCGCAACAUCUACGCGCUGAGCGUGAACCGGUGGGGCACGCAGAUCAGCGUGGUCGAGAACAUGGGCGACUUCGACCAGAUGCAGGAGUCGGCCGUCAAGAUAUACGACGUGGGCCGCAAGCGGGACCACGACGACGACGCGGAGGAGGAGGAGGAGGAGGAGAUGGCGGGCGGCUCCGAGAACGACGACAACUCCGACUCCGGUUCCGGCGACGACGAAGCUUCCAACCUGCUCCGCAACGCGGUGAUGGAACUAGCCGGCGGGAGCUCCGGCGAGAGCAGCCACGACGACAACGACCGCCCGCGGCGACGCCGCCGCCAGCGCCGGAGACGGCCGACAGAUGGCGGCAGCAGCGACAGCGACGACGACGACGUGCGCCUCGACGACAUCAUCCAGUUCGAGCUCGACUAGCAAACAAUACACGUGUUCACUUUACUGCC